AGGAGUUCCUAAUGUCCAUCGCGCUCGGUUUUCAGAAUUUCCAGGCUUGGACGGAGUCAGAUUUUCUAACCUUUCCUUUCCUUAAUCAUGUUCUUUGAAUGCUUACCAAAUCCUCUUGGUAAGACUUGCCAAUUUUGGAGUGCCUCAUCCUGCGGUUGCAGCCACUCUGGUGAAAAGGAGUCCACAGAGCCAUACGGAUUGUACAAAAUCUGGAUAUUAACUUCUGGGUGGAGCAUUUAAACAACUGAAACAUAUCCUUGUUCUCCACUUGACAAGGCCAUGGAAGAUCUAGAUGAAACAUUAUUUGAAGAAUUCGAGAACUACUCCUAUACCCUGGAAUAUUACUCCGCAGAGUCUGAUUUGGAGGAGAAAGUCCACUUGGGAGUUGUUCACUGGGUCUCCCUGGUGUUAUACUGUUUAGCAUUUAUUUUGGGCAUUCCAGGAAAUGCCACUGUUAUUUGGUUCACAGGGUUCAAGUGGAAGAAGACAGUCACCGCUCUCUGGUUCCUCAAUCUGGCUAUUGCAGAUUUCAUUUUUCUUCUCUUCCUACCUCUGUACAUCUCCUAUGUGGCUAUGAAUUUCCACUGGCCCUUUGGCAUCUGGUUGUGCAAGGCCAAUUCCUUCAUUGCCCAGUUGAACAUGUUCGCUAGUGUGUUUUUCCUGACGGUGAUCAGCCUGGACCGCUAUAUUCACUUGAUCCAUCCUGUCAUAUCCCAUCGGCACCGAACCCUUAAAAACUCCCUGAUAGUUAUUAUAUUCGUUUGGUUUUUGGCUUUUCUAAUGGGUGGUCCUGCCCUAUACUUCCGGGACACUCUGGAGUUCAAUAACCACACUCUAUGCUAUAACAAUUUCCACGAGCAUGAUCCUGACCUUAAUUUCAUGAGGCACCAUGUUCUGACCUGGGUGAAAUUUAUUGUUGGUUACCUCUUCCCCUUGCUCGCAAUGAGCAUUUGCUACUUGUGUCUCAUCUUCAAGGUGAAGAAGCGAAGCAUCUUGGUCUCCAGUAAGCAUUUCUGGACCACCCUAGCUGUGGUCAUGGCCUUUUUGAUUUGUUGGACUCCUUAUCACCUGUUUAGCAUUUGGGAACUUACGAUCCACCAUAGUAGCUAUUUCCACCAGGUGCUUCAGGCCGGCAUCCCCCUCUCCACUGGCUUGGCAUUCCUCAAUAGUUGUUUGAACCCCAUCCUUUACGUCCUAAUUAGUAAGAAGUUCCAAACUCACUUUCAGGCCUCAGUUGCUGAGAUACUAAAGCACACUCUGCAGGAAGUCAGCUGCUCUGGUACAGUGAGCGAACAGCUCAGGAACUCUGAGACCAAGAACCUGUGUCUGCUGGAAACAGCUCAGUGAGUGAUGACUCUCCCACAAAUCAGUACAAAGCUUUUGUGUGGGUCCCCUGACAAAUGCUUUCAGAUUAUUUGGUUCCAAGGUACAGAACUAACCGUAUCUUUUUGUUAUUAUUUUUAGUCAAUGUAUUAGCAUUACAUUUUUGGGUGGGUCUAAAAUCUAGGAAAGAUCUUCAUUUUUCAGCCUGCAACUUAAAUGAUCUGUCAUUUUUGCUAAUUAUGCCACAUUGGAUUAAUCAUCACUAUUGACACAGUAUCAGUUAUUAUUUUUAAUCUUAGUAAUUUGGAAGUCCUAAAUCUUAAUAUUAAAUAUAAGCUUCACUCAUUUCAAAAAUGUUAAAAUAUGUGCUUAAGCUCACUUUAAUUUUGCAAAAGUAACCUAUUAGACAUGUUUU